ACGUGUGCUGGAGUGAAGCAGGAAGUGACUGCGGGAGUGGAGCCGGGCGAGCGAGUGGCAUCGGGGGCUGAUGGAAGUGGAGAGGGGGCUGGAGAGGGCACCCUACUGUAUCCAGCAUGCUCCAAGGCUACAGCGCCGUGUCCCAGGCCUUGCUGGGGACCUUCUUCACCUGGACGAUGACAGCAGCCGGGGCAGCUCUUGUGUUCAUAUUCUCCAGCGGGCAGAGGCGGAUCUUAGAUGGCAGCCUGGGCUUUGCCGCAGGGGUCAUGUUAGCAGCUUCCUAUUGGUCACUACUUGCACCAGCGGUUGAGAUGGCCACAUCCUCAGGGGGCUUUGGUGCCUUUGCCUUCUUCCCAGUGGCUGUUGGCUUCACCCUUGGGGCUGCUUUUGUCUACCUGGCUGACCUCCUGAUACCUCACCUGAGUGCUUCCGAAGACCCCCAGAUGGCCCUGGCGCUGAACUUGGACCCUGCCUUGAUGAAGAAGUCUGAUCACGGGGACCCCACCGCGCUGCUCUUCCCCGAGAGAGAACUUUCCAUCCGGAUAGGUAGCACUGGGCUUCUUUCAGACAAGCGUGAGAAUGGUGAGGUAUACCAGAGGAAGAAGGUGGCAGCUACUGACCUCCCAGAGAACACACCCCUCUCAGGGCCUGUGCACGGGAACUCAGGGCAGCCUGGGGUGAGCAGCUGGAGGAGGAUUGCUCUGCUCAUACUGGCUAUCACCAUACACAACAUUCCAGAGGGUCUUGCUGUUGGUGUAGGAUUUGGAGCAGUAGAAAAGACCGCAUCUGCCACCUUCGAGAGUGCCAGGAAUCUGGCCAUUGGAAUUGGGAUCCAAAAUUUCCCAGAGGGCCUGGCUGUCAGCCUUCCUCUGCGUGGAGCAGGCUACUCUACCUGGAAAGCUUUCUGGUAUGGACAGCUGAGUGGCAUGGUGGAGCCCUUGGCUGGGGUCUUUGGAGCGUUUGCGGUGGUGCUGGCUGAGCCCAUCCUGCCCUAUGCGCUGGCCUUUGCUGCUGGCGCCAUGGUCUACGUUGUGAUGGAUGACAUCAUCCCCGAAGCGCAGACCAGUGGCAAUGGGAAGCUGGCAUCCUGGGCCUCCAUCCUGGGAUUUGUGGUGAUGAUGUCCCUUGAUGUGGGCCUCGGUUAGCUCUGACAACCUUGGGACGCCAUGAAGGAAAGCACCAGGCCUCUACAGGACCAUGAGCCUCUCUUCACAUUAAAACUCCUGUUCCUUUAUCCCCUCUGUCUCCUUACCCCAGAUCAGCUCUGAUUACAUUUUGACUUUUCGUUUUGCUUUAGAGGGAAAAGCUGGUUUUCUUUGUAAUCUCAAGGUGUCAUAGAACUGUAGAUUUGUGUUUUGGCCACUGAGUGGAAAGCGUCUUUCUUCAGUGGGAUUGUCGAGGCUAACCCCUACUGUCCCACCUCUAGUCUUCCUUUCUAGACUCAACUUUAACACCUCAGGGUCACCUCCAGAAGCCGGCUCCUAGGUUAUAAGUCCUGAGCAUGCUGGCCUAAGGUUUUGGAGCAGGUUGCCAGGGCCCCUUGUACUCCUUUUCCAUGGACCCUCUGUCCACCUAGAAUGCCGGGACAGAAGCAACAUGAACCCAGAAGCCUGCUUUCCAAGGCUGAGCCAGCUCAAACAGGGUCUGCUUCCUCCAGGGAGGCAUGCACGGGAGGGCCCCCACACCAAGGGAAGGAAGGCAGCUUGUCUCUCUCCUUUGUCCUAAGACAAAGAUCGGCAUUGCCAAAGUUAGAGAAAUAAGGAAAUGAGGGUGAGCACACAGCUCUGUAAAGAGCCCUGUGAGUAGGUUUUAAGCUACUCCCUCCCUUGUAGAUGACAAGAGCAGGCACUUCCUUGUGGCUCCCAGAUCUCCUAGCUAUUAAUCUUGAUGUGUUUACAGCUUCUGUUUUUCUGAGAGACGUGUGGAUACCAGCAAAUGGCAAAUGCUCAACCCCCUCAUUGACUACCAGAGUUACUUAAGUCAACUCUAGGAAUGACAUUCAGAGCCUGACAAGGCUCCUUCUCUGCUGGCCAUUUGGAAACUUACAACCCAGAGCCCCUCAGCUUCAGCAGGCUUUGUGGGAUUCUGGCCAGCAGGCUUCUAAUGGGAAAGGAAAGGGGCGGGGGGAGGUAAGAAGAGGUAUUUUUACAUUUCCUUUCUUAGAACUUAAAAUUCUGAGAUGAUCCUGAAGAAUGACUGGACCUAGACUACAUGCUAACCUACUCCAUCAUACAUAGCUCCACCGUCUGCUCUCCCAACGCAUCUGAGCCCUAAGCCCUCCAUGGUGGAGGAGUGUGUGGGACUCAGAGAACAGGCUCUACCCGGGAGCCAGGCAUUUGGGUACUGACUGGGUCAUCAGUAUCUUCCCUCUGUGUUUACAUGUUCCAUCCCUCCGAGGAUGGAUAUUGUAGUCUGUGAAUGUUCAAGAUCCCAGCGGCCAACCUUGGCGGGGUGUGUCCGUUCUUCUGAAGCACUGGUAAUCAAAAUUGAUUCAGAGAUUCGUUUGAUUGGUUGAGGUUAGCUGGUUUGGUGAUUGGCACAUGUUAUGUAUUUUUAUUCUUAUGUCUCCAUGUGUAGUUCUGUUGCUGCAAAUCAUCCUUUCUGCUGGAUAAGACCUCGUAACUGUGAUUAAUGUCAAUAAAGGGAAUUUCGUUGUGCAUGA